AUGACCGAUAAUGUGCCUUCUAAUGAUGUGCCCAUGCUGGGCAGGGGCGUAUACAGCUCCCAGUCGCAGCUUCAGCGUGAGGCUAUGUUGAAAGUCCUACCUAUGCUGGAGAAAUCUGCACAGGAGCUUAGUCGCCAGUCACAUCCCACAGACAGACCGUUGAGUAUCGUCGACUACGGCGCAGCGCAAGGAAGUAAUUCCAUCGAACCCAUGCAAACAAUCAUCAAGAGCCUGCCAAACAGAAAUAUCCAGCUUCUCUUCAACGAUCGCUCGAACAACGAUUUUAACACCCUCUCUACAACAAUAGCAGAAUGGACCAACCUUCUCGCCGACCCUCCUUACAUAGGAUUUAUUCCAGGAAGCUUCUACAAACCCCUCCUCCCCGCCAAUUCCGUCGACCUAGCCUUCUGCCUGACGUGUCUCCAACACCUCAACAGCGUCCCUGCCAAUCACGACGAGAACCUUCAACGGCUCCCGGACGCGGAAGCAAGACGCCAAAGUCAGGCACAUGGCGAUCUUCUCCUCUUCCUCCAACACCGAGCUAUAGAAAUGAAACCCGAAAGCUCGCUAAUUCUCUGCUUCCCGAGUACGUCGUUCUCGGGGCCCCGGAACCUAAGCGGUAUCAUCACAUCAUGCUAUGGCGCAGUCAGAGAAAUGGCUGAAGACGGUCGACUCUCUAGGGAAGUCGUCGCUGCAUUCCAGGAUCCAUCGUACGACCGUACCAUGGAUGAUGUGCUUAGUUCACUCGUUGAACUCAGCGAAUCAUGGUGCACGCGGGAGAUCUUUGAAGAUUGGGUGUCCCAUCCGGCUAUUGAGGAGUUGAAGGAGGCAACGGAGGCACAUGAAGGUGAACAUCUUGAGGCUAGUGAGAAGUAUGCGGAUACUGCUAUUGACUGGUUCAUGGCUGUUCUUGGGGGCUUCUUUUACAAGGCGCUGAGGAUUGGUGACGGGGAGAUGUAUACGGAGGAGAGGGCGGAUGCGCUUUACAAGGCAUUUUCAACGCGGGUCAAGGAGUUGUUUAUACAAAAUCAUAGAGAUGAGGCCGUCUCAAUGUCUUUUAUUUUUGUUUGGUUGCAGCGGUCUUAG